AAAAACCAAAAAGGAAAACCAAAUCAAAGUCGUCACAGAGUGAUACUUCACAACACAAGUGUGAACUGUGAAGGCUCUCUCACAAAUCAACACUCACUGACAUAAGCAAGGAAGAGGGGGAGAGAAAGUGAGGGGGGGAAAGGUUAGGCUGGUGGUGGUGGCGGCGGCGGCAUGUUUUUUGGAUUCUAAAAUCUCCAACACCCACUCCCUCUUUCUCUCUCUAUACAAAUCCAAACGCCGUGAUCAUGAAUUUGAUCCGCAAAUUUGGCUAAUCAAGUGCCUCCUCCUCCUCACUCUUUUCCUUUUCUUCUUCUUCUCCUCCGCUUCUUUCUCACACACAUCCACACACACUCUCAUCAAAACCAUUUCCCAUUUCUCCGACCCAGAUCUCCUCCGAUCUCCGAUCACUCUCCGGCCACAAACCCACUUCCCAAAUUCACCAAAUGUGCUGACUUUGUCACUUCCAACCAUCUCCUCCACAUUCUCCUUAUAACACAACCUUCUUCUUCUAACACACACACACCCUUUUCAAUUUGUGACCGACCCAGAAGGCUAUUUAACUUUGUUGGAUCGAAUCUGGUCCAAAGUUGUGUUCUUUGGGAGGUUUGAGGAGGACCCUUUUGAGUUUUUUUGAGGUCUGAGAUCGAUGACGUCGGGGACGAGGCUACCCACGUCGAAGGAGAGAGAAAACAACAAGAGGAGAGAGAGAAGGAGAAGAGCCAUAGCGGCGAAGAUCUUCGCGGGUCUGAGGAUGUAUGGGAACUUCAAACUCCCCAAACACUGCGACAACAAUGAAGUUCUCAAAGCUCUCUGCAACGAAGCUGGGUGGACCGUUGAACCCGAUGGAACCACUUACCGCAAGGGAUGCAAGCCUUUAGAGCGCAUGGACAUAGUUGGUGGAUCAUCAGCAGCAAGCCCUUGUUCAUCUUACCAUCCAAGUCCAUGUGCUUCCUACAAUCCAAGCCCUGGCUCAUCAUCCUUCCCAAGUCCAUCUUCAUCCCCUUAUACUCAAAUUCCUAAUGCUGAUGGCAACUCCCUCAUUCCAUGGCUCAAAAACCUCUCCACUGCUUCAUCUUCAGCAUCUUCUCCCAAGCUUCCCCACCUCUACCUCCACAGUGGCUCCAUCAGUGCUCCUGUCACACCUCCUCUGAGCUCUCCAACCUCCAGAACGCCACGAAUCAAUGUCGAGUGGGACGAGCAGUCUGCGCGGCCGGGGUGGACCAGACAGCAGCACUACUCAUUCCUUCCAUCUUCUAGUCCUCCCAGCCCCGGUCGCCAGGUUGUUGACCCUGAAUGGUUUGCUGGGAUCAAACUUCCCCAUGUUAGUCCAACCUCACCAACAUUCAGCUUGGUCUCCUCAAACCCUUUUGCCUUCAAGGAAGAUGGCUUGCCCGGAAGCGGUUCGCGAAUGUGGACUCCUGCUCAGAGUGGAACAUGCUCUCCUGCUAUUCCACCUGGCUCUGAUCAAAAUGCUGACAUUCCUAUGUCUGAAGCUGUUUCAGAUGAAUUUGCAUUUGGAAGCAACAUGUUGGGGCUUGUCAAGCCUUGGGAAGGAGAAAGGAUCCAUGAGGAAUUUGGAUCAGAUGAUCUUGAACUCACACUUGGUAACUCAAAGACCAGAUGAAGUCACAAAUAGGAAUGAAAGUAAUUGAAUGUGAUUAUGUGGACAACUGAACAUUGACUUCUGUUGGUUUUGAUUAGUAGAUAUGUUAGAAGGUAAGUGAGGUGAGUGCAGGAAGUUGUUUUUUUUUUAAUUAUCUUUUUUAUUUUAUUUUUAUUUUGGUGGCUUUCCCUUUUCCUUCUACAGUUCUCCAGUAAUAUACAUGUCUAGUUAGGUGUGGAGUGGAUUUGCAACCCAUUCAUUUCAUCAUUGUACGUGUUGUUAAACCUUAUUAUUGGAAACAUCAGUAUACAUUUUAUGGAUUGGCUUGGUUUGCCACUGAAAGAACUCCUCAGAUUGCAACCUAACUCAAUGGCAAAAAACCCUUGUGGAAAUUUGAUUGAAUGGUCCAUUUUUAUUGAAUUGAGUUA